UUCCAAAAUAAACCAGCAAUAUAAACCCUUUUUUUUUUUUUAUUCAUAUAAUGAACGAUAAUAACGAUAAGGUUUAAUUAAAUUAUGUUUGACUUGUCUUCCACAAAUGGCGUAAAUAUUAUUUACCGUUUAUUUAAAAAAAAAACUUUAUCGAAAUUAAGAACCGAAAGAAUCAAAAUUGAAAUAUCACCAUCCCCUACCUAAGCCCAGCCUUAAUAGUAACAAAUAAUGCUUAUUACUUUUUAGCGUCAAAAAAAAUGCAAAUGAUUUGAUUGAUUAUGAUGCAUAAUAAUGAUUUAUUUGAUUUGAUUGAUAUAUGUAUUCUAAAUAAUUGAUCAUAACAGGUAUUUAUAUCGUGCAUUGUGCGCAGAAUUUUUGAUUGGAACAAUACCUCGCUUUCUAUUAGAUUAUAAUUGGAUGAUAUUUGAUGUAAUAUAUUCUCCGUAUUACCAUAUGUUCUUUUCCUUAUUUAACUUAUUCAUGUUGUGUUUUGUUUAUCAAAUUUUAAGUGACUUAUUAUUUUUUAUUAUUUUUAUUAUUAUUUCUCUUUUAAUGUUUCGUUUUCAUAUACAUUUAUUAUUUAAAAUGUAUAAAAAAUACUUGUAUGAAUUUUGUUUGGAAUUGAUUUACUAAUUGUUUGUUUUUUUUUUACCGCCAAGAAAAAAAGAUUUUAAAUCAGAAUUAACAAAAAAUCGUGAAUUUUCCAAUACAAAGAUAUAGAUUCCUAGGACAUGCGGAACAUUAUACCAUAUUACCAUUCUACAUGGGAGAUAUUAUACACAGGGGAGUGUAAAAGAGUUUCUAACAGGGGGAUAUAUAAUUUCGAGUAUAAUAAAAGAAACGCGUUUAAUCUUUAUUAGAGCGCGAGAGUAAGUAUUAUUAGAAAGUAUUUAAUUUAUUAAUAAAAAUUGAAUCAAAAAGGUCGAUUUUUCGACAAUUUUAUAAAUAUACCAUUCGUUAAAAUGAA